AUGUGGAUGGUCAAAAACGAUGGAGAGUACCGUUAUUACUCCCAAAACUUCCCCUUGUACGGAGUUUACGAUGAAGAGUACAACUACGAAAACAUGAACAUCUGGUCAUACGACGACCGGACAGGAACGUCUGACCAUAUUACCCUCUUGGAUGAAGAAGCGAGAGAGGAUCUCAAGACAGAUUAUUUCCCCCUGACGUUGGAGGAACUUAUCGAAGCUGAGAAUGAUGAUAAGAGAAAGGGAAACAGGCAUGAACAUCUAUCGCCGUUCUACUGA